AUGAACACAUUCACAUGGGGUUUGUUAAAAGGUGUAGGGUUCGAUGCAUGCCUGGCUCGCUCUACAGUAACAUCAACAGUUACAUCCCCAGAGAAUCACGCAAUCGUACUGAUAAGAGGCCUUGAGAAAGAUGGCGACCUGUACUUGGCAGAUUGUGGCACAGGCUUCCCAAUAUUUCGCACAGUUUCGUUAGAUUUCACCGAAGAGUCCCCAAUUUUCAAAGAUGGCUUUUUGGAGUACAAAUACGUCCGGCACGAGGGGAAAAUACUAAGAAUGCACGGCAAAGGGGAUAUGGUGAAGCCAAAUAAUCCACCAGUAGAAGGCCUUGAUUUAUUUAUCGGUCGCUGGAGGCGGUUUUAUUCAUUCGUCCCAAAAAUAAAGCCCUCAGAUAUCCUCAGCGAUGAGCACUUCAAAGCGAGCAUUUAUCUUACGCCCUUCACGUCAUCGCCCCGCGCGCUUUGGUUUCCAGGGAAACGUGCUGUUGUCAUCGCGAACAACAAGCUGAUGAUCGAGAAAGAGACUGGAGAAAUGGUGACGACCGUCUUGAAAUCUGAUGAAGAAAUUCUGAAAGCUUAUCAAGAUCAUUUUCCACAACUGAAACACGAUACAGUACGGCGUGCUUUGGCAGAAUGGCAUCGUGUGUCCAAGACUUAA